AUGCAAAGUUCAAAACGGCAAAGAAAACUCAUAAGGAAACAACUUCAAUAUCGAAAUGCCCAAUCUUCAACCUACUCUACCAAUACACCAUUCCGUGCCGCGGAAAGGAAUUUCAAAUCGCGCCUACCGCCACCUGAUUUUAAUAAUGUGAUCGACUUUUAUAAUAUCGAUAAUUGUUGUGAAGAAAUUAAAAGUAAAAUUGUCGAAGUAGAACUAAAGGCUGAUCUAGACGAAGAAUACGGGGAACUGUUUGGAAGUUCUGAUGGGAUCGAAAACGUGAAUAUGAAAAAAGCAUAUUGCAUCAAAGAUUUACCGGGAUUUAUAUUUAUCCGAAAUCCAUUCACUCCUGAGGCACAGAAAAACAUAGUUAAACGAUGCCUUGAGGAUUUCACGAGGAAACCAAACCUUAGUAAUCUUGAUACACAUUAUGUCUUACCCAAACAGGGAAUUUGGGAACUUCACGAAAGAGCUUAUAAAGGUCAAUUGAAUGAAGAAGAUGAUGAAUUUUUCGUACCAUUAAAAGCUACAUCAAUAGAAGAAAACACCGAGCGAUGCAUCGAUGAUAACGAAUCAUCACCAAUAUUACAAUUGAAAGAUCAGAAGGAAGACUCUUCAAACAUAAAUUCCAAUAUGGCUCAAUGUUUGGAAAACAAAGAAUCUUCAAAUUUGAACGAAGAAAAAACCGAUCCUCCCCCAUCAUCUACCGUUCCGAUACUCCCACCAUCUGAGCUAAUUAGGAAACUCAGAUGGGUGACACUGGGAUAUCAGUAUCAUUGGCCAACAAAAACAUACCAUUUAGAUCGUCGUUUUGAUUUCCCCAAAGACAUUAAUUAUUUAGCAAAAGCAGUUGUCAGAUCCGUAGAUGGAAUUGGGUUGCCGGAUGGUAGUUUUAUACACAGAUAUGAUGUUGCAAAAUGGAAGUCCGAGGCCGGUGUUAUAAAUUACUAUCAACUUAAAGAUAAUUUAAUGGCGCAUGUUGACCGGAGUGAAAUAAAUAUGGAUGCACCAUUAAUUUCCUUUAGGUCACUAGAUCUCAAAUGUGUACACGGAUUCUAUAUUUCAAUUCUCGCAAUAACUCACACUAGUUUUGUACUUUAUUAG